AUGAAUGAGAGCAAGCUAGCUGAAGCUUACCCAGAUGAGAGAGAUGGUGGGCUGGGAAAAGCCUCUGGAAGAGAUGGCAGAGGCAUUGAUUUUAAAGUAAAAAAAAUAACAUUUAAUGAUACAACAGUGAAACUUCAAAUAUGGGAUACUGCUGGUCAGGAACAAUUCCAUACAAUUAGUACUAGUUAUUUUCGUGGAGCACGUGGCUUUGUUCUGGUCUAUGACAUAACAAACUCAGACAGUUUUCAAGGUAUAACAGGCUGGAUGAAAGAUAUACACGAGAAAGCAGAUGACGAGGUGGAUAUAGUACUGUUGGGUAACAAGUGUGAUAAGGAGACAGAACGUGUAAUUCCAAAGCAUAGAGGAGAAAAGCUUGCAUGGGAAUAUGGUAUACCUUUUUUUGAAACCAGUGCUACAAAUAACAUAAAUAUUGAAGAUGCCUUUUCAGUAUUGGUCAAGGAAAUAUUGGACAAGAAUUCCUGCAUAUUGUGUGACUUAGAUGUGGUGGAUCUAAAUGAAAGUAAGAAAAAGAGAACUUGCUGCCAGUUGUGAAAUGCCACCUGCACUUCUGUCUUACUUCAGGAAAUGUUAACUAUUUCAUAGGAAUACACAAAGGUGUUAAAACAAAUUUGAUUAUUUAGGCAAUUUCUUUAAGUUAGAGAAAUCUUGCUGCUGUAAGUAUUGACAUUUAUAAUGCCACAGUACUGUAUAUACAUGAAUGUUCUAUUUCCUAGUUUUUAAAGUGAAGUUAAAUCAAUUAUUUGCAUUUAGGACCUCUAUGACCAGCACAGUGGGACUAUUCAUAUAUGCCAGUGUUUGCAGGAAUGGGACCUAAAUGUACAAUCCUUCUCUUGUUGAAGUUAAUAACUGCCUUAAUUUUUUUUCUUUGUCUGUCUCUUCACAUAGUGAACCCUACAACAAAGGCCCCUCACACAUACAACCCUCUGAUCUAAAUGACCAAUUUAAAAUAUUCCCAAAGGUUCCAAUACAGCCUGAAUUAAGUUUAAAUUAGAGACAUUAUCAAUUAAAUUAGAGACUGUAACUGAGAUUCUGCUGGGUCCUUGGGUGGUCACUUCCCAAAACUAUCCAGAAAAGUAGGUUGUGU